UGGUCAUAACAAUUCGUAAGACAAAUAUCAUUGGGUAUUACCUUUUAUCAAUAUAUUAUAGUUUUUAAUAAGCUUGUCGAAUAAUAAAGCGAAAUGUCUGGCGCGAUACCUAAAAUACAAAUAUUAUCUCUCUAUAAAUUGCUUCUCAGAGAAUCCCAGAAGUUCCCUAACUAUAAUUUCAGAGCAUACGCACUAAGAAGAAUUCGAGAUGCUUUUAAAGAUAAUAAAAAUGUGUCUGAUGUUAAGAUUGUGAAGAAAGAGUUUGAAUUUGGAAAAGAAAAUUUAAAUGUUAUCAGGAGACAGGCAGCCAUUGGAAAUAUGUAUAAAACAGAAAAACUUGUUAUCGAAAAUCUGCGAUAGCUUCAUGUUUAUAAUUGUAUAUUAUUAUAAAACAUCUGUAAUGUAUAAUGUACAUUUGACUAAUAAAUAGUAUAAUGCAGAA